GAUGCUUUAGAGAGAGAAAAAAUGGAGGUCAGUGAAGAGGAUUUUUUGGAGGAAUUAAUAGUUGGUCCAAGUAUAGAAAAUUGGAACAACAGUUUUGGAAAUGCAUGGAACAUUGAAUCACCUACUUUAUAUCAAGAAAAUCCAGAAUUUAUAGCCUCAAAUUCUUCCCUUUUGGGCCUCAUGAUGUCUCCUUCACAAUCCAAUUACUUUCCAUGUCCUAAUUUCCAAGAAUCUUCCUACCCUUUUCUACAGUCUUUCACUGCCCCAUCUCAACUAAUUGAUUCUUUUCCUGCUUAUAAUAAUACUAAUAAUAUUGAAGUAGUGGAAGGAGAAAUUGGUCAUUUUUGUAAUGAUUUUCAUGGGCAUUAUGAAGAGUCAUUAAUUAGUUGCUACAAUAUUAACAAAGUGGUGAAAAUGGAAGAAGCCACUUCAAGAAUUGUGGGAGAAAAGAAGAGUAAUUAUAAAGUGAAGAAGGUAGAGGGGCAGCCUUCUAAGAAUCUAAUGGCAGAAAGGAGGAGAAGGAAAAGACUCAAUGACCGACUUUCUAUGCUUAGAUCUGUUGUACCCAAAAUAAGCAAGCAGAUGGAUAGAACAUCCAUACUUGGAGAUACGAUUGAUUACAUGAAGGAGCUCUUAGAUAAAAUCAACAGGUUGCGUCAAGAAAAUGAAAUGGAAGACAUAAAAUUCCUGGGAAAUUUCAAGGAGCUAAAGCCUGAUCAAGCACUUGUCAGAAAUCCUCCAAAGUUUGAUGUUGAAAGGAGAAAUGAGGAGACGAACAUAGAUAUCUAUUGCGCAACGAAGCCAGGUUUACUGUUAUCGACAGUACACACAAUGGAAGCAUUAGGGCUUGAGGUACAACAAUGUGUUGUCAGCUGUUUCAGUGACUUCUCAAUGAGAGCUUCUUGUUCUGAGGCAAUGGAGCAUCGAACAAUUUUGAGUUCUGAAGACGUGAAGCAAGCUCUGUUCAAAACUGCAGGUUAUGGAGGAAGAUGUCUAUAGUUGUCGAGAAUGAUCAUUUGGACACUAAGCUCAAAGAAUGUGUUAAGAGAUUUGGUCUCUUGUUCAAUGAGUAUAUAUCGAUUAAAUAAAUGUUAAUGAUCUUUCUCCAA